AUGUCGACCAUGAGAGCAGCGCGUUACCACGGCCAGCGGGACAUCCGCGUGGAAGAGAUCCCAAUUCCUCAGCCUGGGCCAGGGGAAUGUCUGGUGGAAAUUGAAUGGUGUGGUAUCUGUGGUAGUGACCUACAUGAAUACACCGCAGGUCCUACCGCCAUACCAACGGCUGAGCGGCCCAAUCCAUUAACCGGCGGCACGCUCCCCGUCACACUGGGACAUGAGUUCUGCGGACGCAUCAAGGCUGUCGGCGAAGGAGCAAAGUUCCAGAUCGGACAGCCUGUGAUGGUAGAUCCGCACGUGGGAUGCCGGUCUUGCCCAUCUUGCACUUCUGGAAUGGACCAUGUAUGCCAUAUGCUGUCCUUCAUGGGAUACAGCGGGGGCAAACUUGGAGGAGGGUUGUCGGAAUAUGUCGCGGUCGAGGAAAGCCAUUUGUAUCCCCUUCCAGAAAACGUCAGCAUGGAUUUCGCCGCUGUGAUCGAACCCCUGGUCGUAGGACAACAUGCCGCAAAAGCGGCCGGGACCAAGCUCGAAGGACAAGACAUCCUGAUCGUGGGUGGCGGGCCGAUUGGGGUCGCUAUGAUAUCGGUCCUCAGAGCACAUCGGGUGGGCAAGAUCUUUCUGAGUGAACCAACCGCCAAGAGGUGGCAGCAUGCAAAGGAUGUCGUUGAGAGAGUCAUUGAUCCUAAGAACGAGAGUGUUGGCGAUAUCUGUCGAGAGUUAACUGGUGGCAAAGGCGCAGAUGUGGUCUUUGACUGUGCGGGUGUUCAGCCAGGCUUGGAGUCCGGCAUGGAUGCCAUCAAACAUGGAGGCACUCUGGUCAACGUCGCGGUUUGGGAGAAGCCGCUGCAGAUUCAGUUCUGGCCGUUCUUCCUCAAGGAAAUCAAAAUCAUGAGCUCUUGUUGCUACAAUAAACAGGACUUCGCCGAAGUCAUGGAGUUGAUGAGCAAAAACGAGUUCAAGGGAUACGAACAGAUGGUCACUUCUCGAAUCCCACUUGAAGAGGUCGUUUCGAAAGGGUUUGAGGAGCUGGUCAACAAUAGGGAUGACCAUAUCAAGAUUCUGAUCUCGCCCAAGAUCAAAUAG